GACCACUUUAGAAUUUUAAAGUUUUGGGUUAUUGGUAAAUAUUUGUAAAUGUUUGCAAUUUAUUUAAAUAAUUCUUAUUUAAAUAAUGAUAUUUGUAUGCGCUUCGAUGUUAUUUGUAUGUGAUUGACCGGAAAUUCUGUGCACCUGUAAUGUUGAAAUUUGUCCCUUUGGUGGCACCGUAGUUUGCACAAGGGAAGAUGAACCUUCAAGGUGGCUGUCGGGUGCGAAUGAUACGUAGCAUUGUUUGAGCUUAUAUGGAUUUUAUCUGAGAUUGUGUUUAUACAUGAAUUUAAACAACUUGACGCCCGUUUUAUGACGGAAGAAAGGAUUAUCCUAUAUUGUUUUGCAUUCCUUGGUGAGCGCAGCGAGUUUUCACGGUGCUAAGGUGAUGAUGAAUUAAGGCUAAACGUCAUGCCGGUUUGACGAACGAAAUAAAGAACACCUUAUGCAUCAGUCGAGACUCUCUUCUUUGGAUCCAAGGGCUGCUACAGUGAAAACUCGGCGCUAUAUCCAUCUGCUAUGCUGCACGACACGUCGUCAUCGUUCCUGAGGUUGCCAUUGUUUGUUCCACGCAUCCAAGCAAGGUCGUAAGUCAGUAGCACAUCUAACAGAGACUACAGAUGCGGUGAGAGACUGGUUAUCGAAGAAAAAAAAAAAAAAAUACAAUUGAGCUGUUUAUAUUUACUUGUUUAUAUCCUGAUUGAUUCAAGUCAUAGGGCUAAAUAAUAGGCUUUCGUGUUUGUGAAUGAAUUGUGAAAUAUUUGAAGAGGCUACACAUAUGAAAUGUUUAAUGGCUUAUUUUAUUUUUAAAUCUUAAAACUUGUGAAAUGUGAUGAAAUCAUAUGGUAUUGAGCUUUACAUCUCGAAAAUUAACUUUAGCCAUUCUAAUUCUUAUUAAGCUGUUUAUUUAAAGUGGUUUUUUGGGUAUUUAAUUUUCAUUUUGGGUAGGCCUAUCUUAAUAUUUGAAGUGAACAGCAUUAGGUUAUAUCACCAUCUUAUAACCUCAGCUCCCUGAAUCACUUUAAUCUAGAAAUAAAUCAAUUAGUGAUACAAACAUGUCAGAAGAGAAUUCCAAAUGCCCAGAAGAAACAGUCUCUCGUGAACGAAAACCUACAGAAAAGGGCAAACAAAUGCGUGAAGAGGAAGCUAAAAGGCACCUAAAGGCAUUUUUGAGAGCUUAUGAAUCUUGGAAGCAGAUAGCACGAGAAUCUAGAUCCAGGCUUAAGAGAUUCUGUUUGAAGGAGGAUCUUGAUAAAAUAAACCAACAUAUUCAGAGUGGAUACGACCGUGUAAAUCAAAAUUAUGAGCCACUUCAACGCAAUUCUCUUAGCACACCAGAGAUUGUGCAGAAAUUGGAUGCUUGUAACACACUGACAACAGAAAUAUGUGACCUUGUGAGUAAACGGCUUGAUGUAAGUCUAGUUCAAGAGACAUUUAAAAAGGAAGCUGAAAAAGAAAGAGUGCGAAUGAUUUUAAGUCGUGAAGAAUAUGAAUCUGUCUUUGGUGGGACAAGCACUGAAAGUGUUAUUUCAGAAGAAUCCAUAAAAUUAGAUAACCUGUCAAGUACAAGCUCUAAAGCUUCCAGCAAGCGAGCAGAUGCUGAAGCAGAUCUUGCAGCCAAAUUGGAACAGGCAAAGUCUAUUAAAGAGAUACAAGUUCAACAGGCCAAACUUAUUAAGCUGGAAAGUGAUUGGAAACUCCAUGAGUCACAAAUAAGAGUAGAAAUGAAGCAGAAACAAGCAGAAGUGGAGUUGAAGUUAGAAGAAGAGAAAACAAAGCUAAAAAUGUUGCAAGCAAGUGUGGAUGUGAGAGUGGCUGCAGCCCGAGUUAGAACAUACAAUAAACUGGAAGGUGAUGUGGAGAACAUGGUGGGAGAACCUAAUACAGCUUCUGUUGUCAGAACCACUCCUGCUAUAUAUUCAAACAGACAACUAGAUACUGGAGUCUCACUGUUCCAAUCACAACCAUCAUCUCAGAGUGUAACAGCCAACCUAGCUGAAGCAAUUGCAAGCUCAUUAAGUCUAAAUCGUCUGCCUGUUCCUGAACCAACCAUGUUUACUGGCGAUCCUUUGAAAUUUGUUGACUUUCAGAUGUCGUUCACAACUCUAAUUGACAGGAAACCUAUCUCUGCUAGUGAAAAAAUGCUCUACCUGAAAAAGCUACCUCUCAGGAGAAGCACGGAAGAAGCCCGUAUAGCCUGUAAUCCCAUCACUUCUUCCUUCUUGAGCUCUGGCUCAGUAGAUGAAAGGUUCCCCAAGAGGGCAAAGGCCCUCAGUACAACUUUAGCCCCCCUUGAAGUCAUCCUUGGUGGUGAGAAUGAACCAUUUGCACAGAAGACCGAGCUGGGAUGGAGUAUCAUAGGAUCAGCUAAUCCCCACUUGGAUAGGCAGGGAUGUCAAAGAUUCGUACAUAGGGUUGCAGUGAGAGAGAUUCCAGUUCCAUCAGCAGCAGACAUCUUGAAGGUUCUGGAGUCUGACUUCAACGAGAGGAAUUCUGAGGGUAAAUGUGUCUCUCAAGACGAUCACUUAAAGAAGAAGCUCAAAGCCAAUCAACAGUUUUAUGGUGAUUACAAGGCAUUCAUGGAGGAUGUGAUCAUCAAAGGUGACGCAGAGUUAGCCCCAGAGGCAUCUGUCGGAGAUGUUGUUUGCAUCUCGUUGAACGAUACUUUGCUGACAGGCCCCGAUAUGAUUAAUUCCUUGGUGGGAGUUCUCUGUCGUUUCAGAAAAGAGAAGGUGGCCAUUAUCUGCGAUAUUGAAAGGAUGUUCCAUCAGUUCUUUGUUUCACCUGACAAUCGCAAUUACCUGAGGUUUCUAUGGUGGGAGCAUGGAGACCUUGAUCGUGAGCCUAAGGAAUAUCAGAUGGCAGUCCAUCUCUUCGGCGCUGCUUCCUCUCCAGGGUGCGCUAACUUUGGCCUGAAAUAUCUUGCACAGCAAUACAAGGCACACUAUCCCUCUGCAGCGGCAUUUGUUGAAAAUAGUUUCUACGUUGAUGAUGGGCUUGUGAGUGUUCCCACAGUUAAGGAGGCCUGUAAACUGAUAGUUGAAGCACAAGUGUUGUUGGAAAGUGCAUUUUACAGGAACUAUGUCGUCGGAGCAUUGGAUGGGAUGAUCUGCUUCCUGAGGAUUUGCUCUUACGGUGGGAUUAAUGGAAGAUGA